UCCGGUGCCAGUCAAGUUAGGAGAGACAUAAUGAGAAUGCAAGCACUUUGCCUAGUUACAUUUUUAAUAUGCUUGAUUGCGAUCAACGCCAAUCAAUCAGUACCGAGCUUUUUGAAAUUCAUUGGCAGUUACAAGUACAACACCACCGACGAUGGUAAGAUCACUUUGAAGCGCUAUUAUUCGUCGCAUCGCAUCACCUACAAAUGGACCGAAGCAUUUAUGGUCUGCAAAUCGAGUGGAAUGCGAAUGGCGUUGAUCGAAACGGACGAUGAACUAAAUAAUCUCGCUGCAAUGGGCAGGCAAAAUGGCAAACUAUUUGAGGAUAAGGUUUUCGUGGACGGUUACAAUUUAACCGUGGCCGAAUACGACCCCGACUCUGAUGACUCGGACGGAUCGGAAAACGAACCAUGCUACUCAAUGCAAAAAUAUCGGAGAGGAAAACUGGAAAUUCGUCAUGAGAAAUGUAACGGUAAAUUGAACAAAUUUUUAUGUGAACGGACGGAAAUUGUCGAUAGGUACUACGAAGAAAAUCGGCCGGGUGACGAUAAGAUUGAUGUUAGAGCAACAUUCUUCACAUACAUUGGAAGUUUCGAGACGAAAAAAUACUACGCAAGCUUCGAAUUGAAAGCUCAAUCAAACAACGUACCAAAGAUCUGUCAAAGCUUUGGCAUGCAAAUGGUUUCGCCAAUAAAUCAAUCCGAAUACGAUUACCUUGGAAGUGUGUUGCAAAAGUUCAACGAUGAAUGGAAUUCCGUAUCGAUUGCUGGCUACAGGUCCGAUGAGAAGGAAUCUGAAUGGGUCACUUCUGACGGGCAACUCAACUAUGAAAUGGUUUGGAAUCGGGGAGAGCCAAAUAAUCAUAAUGGAGCCGAAAAUUGCGUUGCACUGAAAAACAUGGGCUUGCCAAAGAUGAAUGACAUUCCGUGCGAUUUUGACUUCCAGUUUGUAUGCGAAUACGACGAAUCGUUAUCCGACGUGAAAGUUCCCAGUCAAAUCGAUCCCAUGUUUCUGAAGCCACUGACAAGCUACAAGAUCGGCUCAACGCAAAAAGAAAUUUUUGUCAGCCUUUUCGAUGUCGACUGGACAACAGCUAACCUGGUGUGCCGUAAUUACGGAAUGGAAUUGUACACUCCGUCAUCGUCCACAGACGAUGAGACUCUACGCAAAAAACUGAUAGAAUUCGCAGACCUGUCGAAUCCACUACACGUCGGCAUAACAUCAACGGGCACCGAAGACGUAUGGUAUUCGUUCCAUACUGGCAAGAUACUGGACUUUGAUCUGGAAUGGGCAUUCAAGUACGCUAAUUAUUAUCCAUCCAGUGAUAGCUGUGUGACACUGAGAAAAGCUAGCGAUGCCGCAUUACGAUAUUCAUACGAUUCCGUCACCUGUACGAACAUAAUGUACAAUUUCAUUUGUCAAAAAGUCGUCGAAGUCACUGAAGACGAGCCGAACAUCACGUCGACACUGCCUGCAUAAGUAGAUGUUUCGAAGUAAGUUCAACGACUACAAAAAUACCUCAUGCAGUACCGAUGGAAUCAAAACUGGACUAAUAAAUGAAAAUAUUUUUAAUUUGUGUUUACGCUCACGGUGCAAUAAAUUACUUAGAUCCU